AUGGAUACCGCUGUAUUUGUCCUGCUGGAUAUCAGGGAGUUCAGUGUAAAACAGGUGAGGGAAAAAACAUCUAACGAUAAAAUGAUGAGUUCAGACAGUUCAAUAUUUAAUUGAUUUUACAAUAAAGUUAAGCAGCUAUAAUUUCCAAAAAAUAAUUCGUGCAACAUUACGGGGAAAAGACAGGAGAACAAGCUAAAGAAUCCUGCCUUAAAAGAUGUGAAAAGGACAGGCAGGAAGAGGAGCAGAAAGAAAAUUACACAGAUACGUAGGGCCACUUUCAUAAAGUUGGACGAAAUGUCUCAUCCUUGAGAGUUUUUAGCUUUGGUUUUUUUUCUUAAAUUCUGUGUAGAUGUUGAUGAAUGCGUACCAGGAAAACACCAUUGUCCCGCAGAGCGCAAAUGUGUCAAUACUUUGGGUUCAUAUCAGUGCUCACAUUGUAGACCUAGAUAUAUUGACGAUGGAGAGACCUGUCAAGGUAAGAUUUGCAUACAAUGAAGAAGACAACAAAGACAAAAAGAAAAACAGUGGACACAUAUAUAAAGACCAGCAAAAACAAAAAACAUGUAGUCAGUAAGUCUUGCAUAUCGAAUAAGAGAAAGUUGAUAAAAUUAGGUUAGCUACCAUUUAUAUCUUAUUCAGACAGACAGAUUAAGAGACAGACAGACAGAGAGUAACGACAGAAAGUGGUAGAUAUAUGGGGAUACGAGAGGUAACUGAGUGGCAUGUUCAAGCCACAGAUGCGCACUUAGCCCAUAGUGGUGGUUACGCUUGCUCUGUAGGCAUAUAGGCCACUAAGAUAGAUAUCAUCUACAGCUCAUUAGGCCUUGUUAAGAAUAUCUAUCUAGGCCAAAGGCAGAGGCCAAAAAACAAAGCCGAAAAAAAAAAGCCGAACGUGGCUACCAACUUGUUAGCUUUUUUUCUUCUUUUCUACUAUUAUCACUUCACUGCACAUUCCAUGCCUAACAAAGUUUGUUGAUUACAAAGUCUUCAAAUAUGGCAUGAGCAGAAUUUCCACGGAUGGAGUUUGCUACACUUACUGGCCUCUAGCUCUAUUGGAUUUCAUUCCCCUAUUUAUGAGAAAUUUCACGCGAGGUGUACUUUGCCUAAAGUUCGUUUAGUCCUUCAAUUUUUACCAUUUGAUUUUACUAUGUUUAGAUAUCGAUUAAUGUAACGAUGGUAACCAUGACUGUCGUGAUGCGGCCAACUGUAAAAACACCGCUGGAUCGUUCGACUGCAGCUGUCAGUCUGGACGCCUUAAAGAUGGACGAUACUUUUGCUUAGGUGUAUCUUGAUUUCUUACUGAACACGAAAUCUUAUUUAGAUAACCAACGCUACACUUUUUCCACCUCUUUACACCAUAUUAACAGAAGAAAGCUGAAAGAUUUGAUUUAUCAAUCACCAAAGUGUUGUUAACUAUUUAAGUGUGGCUUGCAAUUGUGCAAUGCAAGCUAACGCUCAUAUCUGUCACAGAUAUUCAAUGAGGCGUCCUUCUGGUCAAGAAAAUUGUAAUUUCGACACCAUUAACGCGCGGCGAUACUUAUCAAAAUACUAAUCUGACUAAUCUUGUCUGGACAAUUGCAACCGUCAAUUUCUAACUUCUAUCGACAAGCUCUUUAUUUCGAUCAAACUCUCCCUUGACUUGACUUGCUAAUAUCAUUUUUAAAACCUACUAAUGUCCUUAACAGAUAACUGGAAAAAGAUCAACACCGAUCCUGUCUGCUUCGGGACAAAAAAUGACGACUUCGGAUCCUUUGAAAUCUAAGAGGCCGGUAAAAUCUACACAUUCAAACUUGUCCAUACAAAUGGCACCGUAG